AAUCAUCAACUUCAUCACUGGCUUCUGCAGGAGUACAUUGCUACAAUCAGCUCAACCAGUGCUGCCAUUACCAUCUGCAAUCUCGACCUCGAGGCGUAGUAGGUUGGCCGACACUUGCGAGCAGGCACCUCGCGCCCAGUCUGACAACGUAAGAAACCGGUCUAGCUUACAACGUACUCGGCUGCUCUUUGUGAAGCAGAUUGUGCCAGUGCUGUUGCAGUUGCUCUUCCUAGUUCCCGCGGUGGACGUCUCGAAGCAGAAUAAUCGAGUGGAAAUGUUGAACAAGCAGGAAGAAGCUGUAGAACAAGGACAAGAAAAGCAGCUGAACAAGCAAGAAGAAGGCGUACAGCAAAGACAGAAAAAUAAGGAGUCGAAUAGGCAAGAGGAAGCUGUAACACAGGGACAGGAAAACAAGGUGCAGCGCAUCAAGGUGAAAAAGCCUAACGAUCUGAAGGAGAAAAUACUGGAGGCGUCUUGGAAGAUCCUGUCGCUUGCAGAUAGUAGCGAGCUUGGUGGCCAUUCAGACAGAGCGCGUUGCCAUGACUUGGGGAGGGUGAUGUGGCACCUUGAUGCCCCGCAAGGUGAGUCAAAGCUGCGGAAGUUGCAGGAUAAGCUGGCGCCCUCAAGGUCAAGGGCAGAGUCGAGGUGGCGACUUAUAUCAGAGCAAUUUACUUAAGGUUGCACAGCUCGCAUGGCAUGGAGUCGCGCAUGGACCACAUGGAGUAGCAUGGAGCUAAGGGAGGAGCUUCUUGCGCCCCUUAAAGCUCUGCGCCCCAUGCACUCCAUGCUACUCCAUGCACUCCAUGCGCCAUGCGUGCUAUAAACUACUCGGAUAAGUAUUGAAGCUGAGCGACACGACCCUAGACCGUGGGAAAGGAGUUGAUGGAGAAGAGAGCAGAAGUGAAAGAUCAGCAAAAGUGUGAGAGUGAGCGGUCGGCUUGAAAUUUAGGGGUAUUGGAAAUCCAUCUACAAAGUCAUCUCGGAGCUUUUUGGGGUCUCGUAGUUCUAUAGGCUUCUUUCCUAUGUAUAAGCACCACUGUACUGUGGCGCCACAGUUCUGAUCAAAAAGCAGAAGUAACCUGCAUCGCUUUGAAGUGCAAGGAUAGGAAAUUUGGUAGCGUUCUUCGCUUCCGGCAUCGCUUUCGGGCUUUGUGCUGGGGUGGAGUUGCCGGUAGGAGUAAAAGCGGACAGUGCGCACCAUCGACCUGGGCCUUGUUAUGGUCGUGAUCUCAUCUGUAUGAGUAUUUGCCUUCCAGUGUGCGCCUGUCUUCAGGCGCUACUCUUUUAUCAUGCAAGAGGAGGCACUUUCUGGAUGGUUAGGGCUGGCCUAUUCUGUGCAUACUUUUGAAGGUGUGCGCCAUCUAUGCGAACGCUGUGGAUUUCUCAGCGACGCCGUAUCUCGGAACCCGUUUGAUGUAGUGCUCGCGCUGGAGUGGCUGAGUGCAGGACGCCGAACGUGUCCUCCAUGUGGGGGCGCAGACGCUCUCAGAAGCGCGCGCUCGGAGCAUUUUGACGCUGCGGCGCAAUUCGAUGCGCGAAGCGAUACCGAGUGGGUGAAGAAGGAAGAGCUAAGGGAUGGGCAUCGGCUUACUCGGUGUGCUUUCAUAGGCACCGCGAAGCUUGGGAGAAGUGUUCGCGGUGUUAUGUAAGUAGGUACGUCGUCCACUCUAGGGCGAUAAAUUUGCAGGCACAGACGCGCGGUGUGCCUAAGUCGCUACUUGUAGACCAUUAGGAUUGGUAGCCUUCUGCGCCAGUUUCUCGCCCUCGCCUCAUGUCCAUGCGAGCAGUUUGCAUAUCAAUAGAAAGCAGAGCCGGGCGAUGCGGUGGACGAAUAUCAAGCGGAGACUCUUGCAACAAAGCACACACAAGGCGGGACAUGGCUGGAGACGUGCACUUCUUUAGACUGCGCCAUCUAAGGCAGCUCUUUUAAGUUAGAGAAGUGCUUUGGCAUGUCUCGCGAGAGCAGCCGGCAGGAUCGCAGUGGAUGUGGAAUCAAGGCGGAGCGCCGGCCGCGCUGUGCGACAGCUGAUGGGGGCACGCGCCUAGUAUCGCACGCAUGCGACCGAUCACGACGAGCGGCAAGUCAUCAACAUCCUCAGGGAAUGCGGCGAACACUAGACGAAGACCGACAGGACAGUAGCCGCCGACGGCGAGGAUUAAAGUGGCACAGGUAGAGCCUCGAACUCGGUUCCCGACUUUGGGGCGGUUUCUGUUUUUGAACAGCGAACCGCUGGGGCGCGCAAUGACAUGGUCGCUGGGCCGCGUUGUCUGCUUGUUUCCUGAGGCGAUGGGCAACGAAAGGCCACCGUCUGUACGUAGGUAGUGCUUAUUCUACUGGCUUCUAUAAUCUCGGGCCGUUUUUAGUGUGUCUUAAGUCAGUGAGGUAGCUUCUGCUUAUUGUGCGCUGGGGAUAAAGCUAAAGGGACGCGGGAGGGUGUGUCUUGUACUUCUGCCGCUAGAUGUUCGCUGGCGUUGAGUAUAUCGCUGCAUGUAACUGCAAGAGCGUGGGUAUUUCUUAGGCCUUUUCUUCUAGCAAUGGCUUGCGUGCCGCGUGGGUGCCGCCUACCUACGACGUACUAGCACUGCGGCCGCGUCGCCAUAUGACGAGAGUGCUCAGCUUCGUGGUUGUUUUCCUCUUGUGAUUUCGCCGCGCCUUCUAAUCCGCCGCUGCUGCAUCAGCCAGCGUUAAGCCGCCAAGUGCUAGAGGCCGCCUUACUCAGGUAAGAAGUGCCUCGCUAUGGUAGUGGGGUCAUCUAGUGAUAGGCUAGGGGAUCUGGUCGAUUAAAAGGCGCAUGGAAUGCAAGAACUCCAUGAGCCGUCUCCACUCAUUUCAGCCCAGACUGCUAGACUAUUCAACCUCAUUUGCAGCGACCUGGUGGCGCAAAUUCAUCGAAGGCAACCCUGAUAGCGCCCGGCGCUGCCGUCUCGCUCCCUUUCCGCAUUGUUGAGCCAAGAGAAGACGCAGGCCAGGCGAUGGGGCGUAGCUCACUGCUUUGCUUCGGCGCAGGUUCUAGCGUGUUCCUGUGGCAUUGGGCUAGAGGAUUGGAAGACGGCUGAACAGGCUGCAACCAGGUGGAGGCAUGAGCCCCAGGCAUGCGACGCAGGUAGCGUAGUGUGGUCAGGAUAGUCUUUCUCACUGACGCUGCGACAGUAGGUCAUAGGACGACCCAGCCGGGGGCUUUUUCGUGCUCUUGUGAUGGGGACCAAGACCGACGCAGACUCCAAAGAGGGGGCGGAGCGCUUAGAGAGCGGACGCCUGUGAUGGAGCUGCCUCGUAGAAAAAGCGGGCCCGUUGGGAGAAUUCUAUAGGCGGGGCCUUCUCCUCCUUACAUAAUCAAAAGGGCUCCGGAGGGCAGAACCCUCCCCCGCCCCAGAGCGGCGCCGCAGCUUUGACUGGCGUGCCAGUGGCCCGCUUUCAGCAUGCCGCCUGGUCAGCCUAGGCCUGCCCCUAGGGGAAUUAGAAUCAACCCCGACGCCAUUACGGCAGGAAAUGCGGCGGCUUUCUUACAGAUGCUGAGUAGAUCCAUCAGCGGCGAAGCCUUGCGCCCAAACUCCGCCGGCACUCCUGGAGAAGGGGACGAAAGUGGCGGCGCAGGCGAUAAGGCAGGAGCGAGGAGGCAUCGGCGUCGACUGUCGUCGUUCAUAUUUAACUAUCUUGCGCCGUCUAUUUCACUGCUUUGCUUUCAGCGUGUUAGACUUUCGUCAUUGAGUCAACUCAAGCGACAGGGGCAGCCUCCCUCUAUUCAGGACUCACCUCUCUCAGGUGCCAAAGCCUACACACUGCUGCCCGUCGCCGGCGAGGCAAGCCAUCUGCGUCAAGGUCUUUGCUGAUCGCCCAACAAUGCUCCAGAGGGGUUCUCGGCUUAAAUUAAUCAGGAGCGGACCACCUGGAUCAGCUCAGGCCCAUCUUAUGACGGGCCAAAUGGCGGCGACAUACGCGGAGGGUGAGGAGAUGGGACGAGAGUAGCUUCUUUCUCGUAGUUUGCCCACUUUCGAAGCAGUUGCUUGGUUACAGUUGAAGGGGAUGGGGUUCGUUCCUCAGUCUGUCAGAAUAAUACAGCUUGCUCUUGUUGAUGGCGUCUCAGUGUCUUCUCUUCUCAUGUUAGGCGCAGGCAUGGCUUUCCAGGUGCUAGCGGAGACGCGUCUGCUGGUGGAUAAGAGUGAGGAGACCCGUUGGAGAAGGUCGGAGGUGGCUCAUGUGGGUGCGGAAUGAUGUGCUCGACCUUAAAACUUUGGCAACAUUGUGGGAGGGGUGCGCCUCAUGUUAUCCGCGGGGCAGCCUUCGGACUGCCGUGCCGUUUAGUAAAGAAAGGCCGGCGUAGGCUUUUUGUUCAUUAACUCGACGCCCUUGCUCGUAGAUUAAUCCAAAUUAGUCCAAAUUAGUUCGCUGGUGGUGCUUCGGUUUCUUAUUGGUUCAACUUGGGGCGGAUUAGCUAGCUCUUUUCUUCUUGGAUUGUUCACUUUAAUUGGCUUGGCCUUCGCCAAUUAGUUCGAAUCGGUUCGAAUUAGCUGACUCAGCUAGUUCAAAUUAGUCCGAAUCAGUUGGCUCAAUCAGUCCAAGCCAGUUCGCUCUAACUAGCUAAAACUAGGCAAAAUUAGUCAAAAUUAGUCAGAACUGGUUGGAAUUAGUUAAAAUUAGUCGGAACUAGUUAGAAUUAGUUGGAAUUAGUUGAAAUUAGUCCGAAUUAGUUAGAGCUAGAAACGAAUCAAAAUUAGCCGAAAUUAGUUAAGAAUAGCGCGAAUUGUCUGAAAUUAGUCAAAAUGAGUCAAGGGCAUAAGCUAACUGGCUUGCUAAUCUGCGACAGCUUGGGCCAGUUUAUUGGCUGGCUUGUGCUCGCUUGGGCAAAUUGGUGAACUAUUUCGGGCCAAUUUGGGCCAAUUGUUCGUUCGCUUGGCUUGCGUUGGUUUGGACUAAUUUACGCAAAUUGGUAUUGGUCCACUUGGCUUCAGCUACUUUGGGCCAAUUUGGACUAAUUUGGGCUAAUUAUCGGGAGUUAUUGAACAAAAUGCCUACUGCUUUUCUGAGGGCAGACGCCAGGCAGAGGCGAGAGCGCGGCUCGUGACGUAAAUCCGGGCGAAGUAGUAGGCCCAGGCCCUGGAGGAACACCGAGGAGCGAGCAGCAGAGACCAAGCGCCAUAAAUCUGGCUUGCUUUCCCGUUUGUGCUGACACCUGGAGGAGUUCUCUGCGAAGUCCAGCCUGUGUGUUCGUUGCAGCUUCUUCUACGGCGUUCGUUUUAUAUUUCGUCGCCAACAAGUAGCAGGCCUCGCUGACGUUUCGGGGGCGCCGUGUGACCACAUGCCGGGCGCCAAGAGCGCCCCGGAGGGUUCUCGACCAGGCGAGGAGAUUGGUCGUGCGUCAGGUUGCCAGUCUGAGUACACGGCGCGGCGCACCGUCUGAGGCUCCACCGUCUGAGGCUCGGGCCCCUGCCUUUACUCCGGUCCCGGGAUCACUUCACAGCGUGGCUGACCUUCUUCGGAAUUCAUUCUGCCGGCCGGUAUGCGGUUGAACCCUCCGCCAAACUGGGUCGCCGCACCAGCGCCGCCGCCUUCUAGUACUGUAGUCGCCCCCGCGCAGCUUGCUGCGUGUCUUGACUCGCAGACGAUGGCCAAGCAGAUGCCCCCUCAGGCUAACAACGCCGGAGAAGGUGCAAGCACUCGAACAGUUCCAGCUUCCGGCUCUGCAGCAACUGACGCGCGUGGCCCCAGCGGCUCCUCCGGCUGGUAAGCUUAAGCGCUUGGGUUUAGAGAUGUCGGCUCGUAUUAUGAUAGUGCCAGAUCUAUGCGGGCUGUUAGGUGUGCGACCAGAUAGCGAAUCCUUCUCCUUGAAGUUGUGGCCGCCUCCUCUGGUUUCAAUUUUUUUGCUAGACAGGUGCAACCGACCGACCGCUGGCGACGAGUUCCGCACGCGCUUGCAUGCCGCAGAUGCUUCAGGUUGGCGGUUCUUGCUCUUCAUCGUCUGGCAGUCUUGCAGCUGCUGACCAAGAUGGCCAACAAGGUGGAGGAACUUCGCGGAAGACUAUAGCUGACUUUUUUGGGAUUCUCCUCCCGUGUUCUUCUCAUUUAGUAUGUAGGGCAGCAAGAAGAUUGCAGGCUCUGACUCAUUUCUUGACGAUUUGCAUGAAACUCCUCCACUUCUCUCGCAUCAGGGCCCUCAGCGGAGGGGAACGGAGCUGCUGCGAAGCAGAAGGUGAGGAAGAAGAAGGUCAAGGCCAGACAAGAAGGUGGCGGGAGCGACGGCCCGAAGGCGGCGGAGGCCUGUUGCUGUUCAAAGCCAAGGACAUGCAGGCGCUGCUAACGGGAAUCCAGGUAGGGCCGACUUCGGUUUCGAAGCCCCCACCUGUGGGCCCUCCUGUUGCGCAAGCCGUUCCUGAACAGCCUCCACCUUUAAACAAGGCGCCACCUUUAGCCGGGGGAUCGUCUUGUUCUAGUUCGUCUAGUUCGUCGCUUGGCAUCGCUGCAGCAGAAGGAAGCACCGGGCUAGCGCCUCCAGCACGGCCUUCGAACGGAAACGCUGCGGGGACGUAUUGAGCAAGAGCACGCUGGUCAAAAUCCGGCCCCGAGUGCUGCUCCGCCAGCUUUUCAAGGAGCUCUUGGCCUGCAGGGUCCAACAAGUGCGGACAACGGGCCUGGGCAGGGAAAACCAAAAGCCGCCGCCGAUGCUUACCCAUCCCCAUCGCCACUCCAGGCAGAUCCCCGGCUGCGGUCAACUUGUCUGAUCAGGCACGCGCGGACUUCUUUUUGCCGCCUCCGCGCAUCCUCAACGGCGACAGGGACACCCCUCCCGGCGGUUCAGCUGUCACUCCUGGCGCAUCGUCCACGCUGGCGCAGCCGGGACUUCAGCAGACCGCGCAGAACCCUGGCGCAGGUAGUUCGAGUUGUUCUCCAGGAUGCAACGUCGCAGCUGGGCCUGGUCCGUCUUCAUGGUCGGCAGCGGAUCUGAGUGCGUGGCCCGGAGUCCAACGGGGAGGCGGUCUCCUUCUGGCAGCACCUGGCGCCACGAGCAAUCCGCCAGCCAUGGGCAGCAGCGCCCUGCUCGGUCAGACCGCAGUUGUGCAGGAGCAGAACCAGGGCCCAGUAGCUGGCAGCUCAAAUGGGCCAGCAAUGACUCCGGAGGAGCUUGCAAGGCGUCGAGCUGCUGCCGCAGAGGGCGAGAGAGAGCGCCCGCUCGAAGAGGCUGCGCAGGAGGAAGCCACAGACCCUCCACUGGACUCCGUGCACGACGUCGACGCCCUAGAGGAGCUUUUUGAGGAGGAGGCAGCAGAGGCUUCUGCUGGUGAUGGAGGGGAUGGCGACUCAGAGUCAGAGGACGAAGGCUGGGACGAGAUGCCAACGACGGCGGAGACCCACAACUUGGCGGACUCCGCCUCUCCGCGCGCUUUUCGGGGGGAUGAGUAAGUGCGUUGGAGGGCUCUGGCGCUAGGCCUGAGGAGAUCGCGCCAUGCGAGACCAGCGACGGGGGCCCCUCUGCGCGGGGGGUGUGCUAGUUUUUUUUUCGAGACUCCAUAGGGGGAGACGUAGUUCGCCUGCUCCAUCAGAUGAGGAGGCGGCGGGGCAAUCUGUUUCGCUCAGCCUCGGCGCCUUUUUGAAACUAUACGGACACGGGCUGAGCUAGUUUUUUUUUUCAGUGCCAUUGUAAGCGCUGACGCCUAGACUUUGCAACGAGGCCACAGCAUAGAGCGCGCACCUUUUGGACCUUCAUAAAAUGAACAAAGGGACGAGAUUCGAGGGCGAGGCAGGGACUACAGGGGAGCCCUUGCGCGCAGACGGUCGCCGCCGGCUCUUUCUCUGUCUCAUAGUUAGCGCAGUCGCUUCUAUCUUCUGUCGAGAGGCGCCUUCUGUUCUCUGUCUUCGUCUCUGGGAUUCUUCGCCACCACACCGCGCGACCCAAAUCCGGCUUCUUCUCGCGUCGCUUGGGUCUGGUGCUAGUUGCUUUGUCGUGAAAGACUCGACAAAGCUAUAGGAUUGGAAGCACUUGCUUACGGCAUUUGCCCAGCUCUCCGCUUCGAGAUUAUUGAGCGGGCCCCCCAUUAAAAAAGCCAUGACUAGACUUCUCUGACGCGAGUGCACUCGGACGCCCAGGCGCUCCUCGCGUUUGAGAAGGUGCGAGGCCCAGUUGUCAACGCGCGGCCCCAUCUUCGUGCAAGUGCCCUUUUAUCUUACUCGGCACAGAUGACACGAGCGAGCCAGAUAUCCGCCGCAAGUCCAUACAGCACGGCAGGCACUACGAAACUGAUCCACAUGGAGAGAAGUGCCGUAACGACAGGCGCCGCGGUAACGUCGUCGGCCUCUGUCUCGGGGUCUACUUCUCCGAUAUUGCUGACCUUACGCCUAUCGCAAGCGUGGCCACUGGGUCGCAGCGAGAAGAUUCAGGGCCCAGACGAGGCGCCGCCGGAUUGGGUCCAUCUGUGUAAGAAUCAGGUCGAUGGGAUGGAUUUGGUCACCGUUGGCGGGCUUUUCGCUCUUGUUCGUAGGAAGAUGCUCCAGCUGAAGAGGGAGAACUGAAUGGGGGGAGUGAGUGGGAAGAGAUGGCAUCAUGGCGCGUGGGCCUCGCAAAUAUCUUCGCUGGCUGUCUCGUUGGGCCAUACCGUUUCGGCUUGCUGGCAUCAGUGUCCCCAUCGACGACAAUGCAGUCGCAGGGGAUUACGCUCCGGCUUGGUGCCUCUCGUAGCUUGUCCAGGCUGGGAAGGUGGUUUUUAAUUGCGGGGCCAGCACUCUGCUUGCUGUUCGUCUGGAGACUGUUGCGAUUUCUUUCCCACUAAAGUCUUGCGGUUGGUCGUGGUAUCUUGUUGCCUAUCUGGAUGACAUCGGUGCCAGACUUCCCGCAUUCGCCAAACCCUCUCCACCCCUCCACCGCCGUGGCUUGACGCGUCUCCAUUGGCGACGGGCUUGACGCUUCUGGGCUAGACUUGUAGAUCUUCAUCUCGCAAUAGGUUGGCUCGGUCUGGGUAGAGCUGUGCUAAUCGUGCGGGAGCUUCUGAGUGAAUAGACGCAAAAACUUAAGAAGUUUCGAACUGUUUAGAUUUUUUAGAUUUCGGGACUUUUUCACUUUCAAAAGAGCAACUCUUUCCCCAAAAGAAACGGCGCCUCCCCACGUGGCGUCUCUUGUUUUGACGAUUGCCAAUAGAUCGCACAGACACGCAGUCGCCCGGAUCUCCUUUGCGGUCUCGUAUUUCAUUCACGAGAUGGAGAGCGGCUGGCCCUUUCGAAGGAGAGACGGCUCCCACUUGGCGACGCUGUGGGCCCGGGUGACUCAGUUCCCCGCCGAAUAGAGCGAGGCACCCCGAUUCUUAGACGAGGGGCCUCGCUGUGGUUGGGGUGGUGUUGUUUGUCAUGCUGACACAGCAGAAAAGCCGAGAGCGACGGCGGCUCACUCUCGACGUCUACGAGACAAAUGCUCAGCAAUUUGGUAAGCCGCUGCACUUAUGCGAAGCAUCGAGCGAACUAGCCGGGAGACGCUCACUCCUCAGAUGCACAGCUGCCGCAGCGCUAUGCCCACUGGCUGCCGGCGGAAAAGUGCGCGGCGCUCUUGUUGGUGUAUGGGACUGGGCCACCUACCUCUACGCGCAUGGCUGGCGGAACUUUUAGCCUUGUGCUACCCGCGCCGUGUCAGCGACAGCACCGCCCAGCCCGGAGGAAGUGCGCCCCUUCUAGAGCUUUGCUGCCCAUAGUGUCUGAGUCAAAUUCUUUUAGUCAGUUUGCCUGUCGAAGUUUCAGCGUUGUUAUAAGAGACGGGCGCGGGCAUUGGCUGGACUUUCUUGGUUAGCAGUGUCAGAGCUGCCACUAGUUACCCAUGUCGCCGCUUCGGCAUCUGGGUGAUUGUCUUUCUUCUUUGGGCUUUUUUUUGUCUUUUCUUCUUGUCGUAGUUUUUCUCAUGCUUUCCACGGGCUCACCACUGCAGGAUGGCAGCGAAAGAAAUUCGCUGAGGACGAUGCUGCGGGGAUGAUUGGCGGGGGGCCACCAGUUGUCUACGAAGCAGGAGCAAAGGGGAAGCCAUUUGCGGAGGCCAUAAAGCCGCUCGCCAAAGCAGACCCCACGCACCAGAAACGAGCUGCAGCGCGCUCGGAGAGUCGCGCACUGGGGUCACUUUGCGCCCCCUCUUGCUGCAGACAAUCAAGGUGCACGCGUCGGGUGACAGCUACAGGGAUGACGUGGCAGGCUUAUCAACGGGCGGGAUUUUACUAGGAGGCCGCUCAAUAGAACCAGCACAGCUACGAGGGUGACUCUUUGGCCCGCAUUUCGUGACUAGUAUCACUCUGCCGCCGAUCGUCAUCAACAGGGUCACACUAGAAGAAGUAAAGGCGCAUCGUGAGCAAAUGCCCAGCAGGCAUGGGGCUGCUUGCUCAUAAGAAAGGCGAGCCCCGACCACCGAGUGCAGCGCAGGCGGCUCGGGUGAAGCAGUGCGAUCUGGAUGAUUUUCAGGGUGGGGCUGACUGUGCUAUGGGCGAGCUUGCUUCGUCGUAAUCGACAAAGGAAGCGCUCAGCGGCUCCUCUACCUGUGGGCCAUGCCCACCAGCGGCCGGCGCGCUUGCGAUUUGAUUGCCCGCGUGGGCAGUCCCGCGAUGUGGUGGCAAUCCAUCGUGGAGCGCAUACCUCGGGAGUUGCAUGCCACACGGCUCCUUUCGUGUGUUGAAAAAUCGCGCAACCUCGGGAGGCGUUCACAGUAUCAAAAUCGGCAGGCUGUUGGUGUUGUUCGAAAGGCAAGGGUCUGGGUGAUGAGAAUGCGAGGGGGCUCGUCAUCAUCUCGAACUAUGGGAAUUGGUUGCGCAAGGGGCUGAAGAUGGACAGUGAUGACCCAGAGGCACUCCUUCGCGCAGUGUGGGAGCGAGUAAGGGAGACUCGUGGGGGGCUCGCAACUUUCGCGCCGCAGAAGAGGCGGCGCAGGCAUCUGCUUGCUGCGAUCUGGUUGGUGAAGAGUUGGUCUACCUUUGCGGCCUGCGUGUCUUUUCUGAUGUACAAGGAAAAGCCGGACUUUUUCACAAUCCGCCGCGCGCGAGUGGAAGGAAGAGAGCAGCUGGAGGCCGGCGGAGUCAGACUGAAGCGCAGCGAACGGCUUGGAUAUCAACGAGCGUCGCAAGCUCCUCACGGGAUACGCCGCGGCAGUCGUGGCGCAACGCGCUCUCGCCUCUAAAUGGUUAGCGCUAGGUCUGGUCGUCGCUACUCUUUGGCGAAUUCUUAUUGUUAGUUUCUAGUAAUUUGCUUCAUGAGAUGGGCAGCGUCUGAACCGAGAGCCAUGCUUCAUGAGGCUGGGAAGGACUUACAAGUUACUGCUUCAAUCAGACGGGACCUCGCUGGAUUCACACGCCCGCCCUCGCCUCCACUAUAGCCCCCUCACCGUCUAGGUAUAAAAGGUGAGGGACUUGGCGUCGACGAGGAUGAGAAAGAAGCGAAGGAGGGCGGUGACGUAACUCAGGAGGCAGCAAAAGCCGCAAGCCUUAGCGUAGGAGAAGAGGUCGGGGGCAGUGGUCCCGUGCAAGGUCAAGGCGAGAAGGGCCCUCGCGUGAAGGCGAAGGAGGACGCAAAGGGGGAAGCGAGGCGACCUGGUCGCGGAAAGUCCAAAAAUAUGAGAAGGAAGCACGCUGCGGCUCACUAAUGGCGUUUUGUCGCCUGCUGCAUUCGUAUGAUUUGGGGGCGUGGGUCAUGGCCUUCGAACGCUAUGGGCGGCCCCUGGUUUUCUUUCAUGCUGUUGGCCUUGCAACAUCUUGGCAGCGUUUUUGCGGUUCUGAAUGCUAUUGCCAUGAGCGCAGUGCACUGGUAUCGGAAACCGCUGCAACUUUCAGUGUGGCGCUGGCGCCUUCGCUCUUCGACUUGCUCCCCGCUGACAGCAUUGACGCAGAAGAGUUCUGCGGGAUUGUCAGCAACCUCGUGUGCGACGUACGGCAUUCACUUCCUUGCAGUUUUGUAGAUUCUUCGCGAUUCGCUUGGUGGGUGUGGUGCUAGUGUAGAGAAUUGCUCGCCCCUAGUACUCUGGCAAAGAAUUCGCAGACUUGUGAGUGAGGAGAUUCCACAAAGGACGACUUCAAGACACUCAACCACAGGAACGCCAAGGCUUAGAUAUCAACAGAAGCGCGCCAGUCGCUGGCUGCCCCGUUUCUUCAUUGGGUUGCUUUUAGUGGGCCCGGCACUUUCUGCCACCUCAGGCGCUGUGUGUAGGUGCAGGAAAUCCAAGCUCCUAGAACUGAGACGGGCAGGCACUACUUUCAAGCCCGUGCGCCCACUGGGCUGCGCCUCUUUCUGCUUCUUUUUUCGUACAUUCCCGGGGCGGAGCCUAGUGGGCGGCCCCUGGUAACUGCCAAAGGCUUCCCCGUCUGAUGGCUCGGCAGUGGUAUGGGAGCACUCUCCGGGCGGGGGCGGCCCAAUGUCAGUCGGAGAAGCUGCGCGGGCAUCUCUGUUGGCUGUGAACUUGGGUGCUAGGGGCUGCCCUGGCUCUGUGUGGUUGUCACCCUUGCAGACAAAGCCACACGCGAAGGGCAUUCGACCGCAGUGGACUGCAGGGCCGCGCGACAGGGCUGGCGCGCCAGUACGCAGGAAGACCUGACCCCGCCACACACUUGCGCUGUCCGUCCCCGUGAACCUUGGCCAAGCCAAAGCGCACCGGAGUCGGGUUGGCGUGCUGCUGCUGGUCGCUGCCUACGUCAUCCUCGGGCGCAGAGUCUGGCGGGUGUGCGUUUCCGCUACAGACUCGGGAGACCGACGGGCGAUCGAGCGACGACCAACGGCGCCAAAGAGCGCGCUGGAAUGCAAAAAGCAGACCGCGGGCUUGUUUUGGCGGGAUCCGCGCCCGCCACCACUGUGCUGGCUUUGGUCGCUCCAAAGCCGACUAGGAUCCAGCAAGUCGCUGCCUAUUUUUUUCCGCAGGGAAAAGCUUCGCUUUUUUAGGCCUUCCGCUUGGGUUUAGUCUUGGGCCUUCAUCUUUUGAAAUCUUGAGCAGCAAUCUCAAAAACUUAGCGGGGGCCGAAAGUUUCCUCGGAGAACUUCGCUCGAGUUUAUUUCUGCGGCUUUUUCUGGGAGAAGAAUUCAUCGCAGAAAAAGCACUUUUUGAGGUGGCUCCACUUGUGUGCGGCCUUGGCUGAAAUCUUGGAUCUGCGCCAAAGCGUGAGUCUGCUCACUCGCUCCGACGCUUCCUGCUCUUGUCCUGGUUGUCUUGCUGCAGCCCGCGGGCUGUUGGAAAUUCCGAUCAAGGGGAUCGCGCACAGGCUCAAGGAAGCGGCAAGCGGAGGAGGAAAAGGCCCCGCAGCUGGCUGACUGGGGUGCUACUGAAUCAGUUGACUCAGACAACCCUCGGGGGCUUUGAAUCAGCUGACUUAGUCGCAGGCGUAGGCAGCCCUUGCCGCAAGCCCAGCGCCUGGGCCACUGAUCAGCCGCUUCAGGCACUGGCCAGUUGCUCACCUGGUUCGCUUUGAGGCAAUCUGCCAGGCCUCUGGCCGAUUCAACUGAUUCAUCAGGGCCAGCCUUGGAUUUGAGUCAGUUGAUUCACAUGACCGCGCAAACACAACAGCGCACGCGGCCGCCGGCGAUGGCAUUGGGGCCGGGGCUUCCGAGUUGCCUGAAGAUGCUGCGCUGUUUGCGUUUGGUGUGGCUUUCUUGGUCUCUCGACCGUUGUGCGCAUGGUGUCGCCUUUUUGUGCGUUUUGAAAUCUCAACUCUAGGGCCUUGGGUAGUCUCCGUCUUCGUUGUGUCUCACUCUGCGCUCUGCAUGUAUUCGGAUGGCAAUCUCCAGUGAGUCUUAAUGUAUGCAAAGCCUUGGGGGAGAGAAGCUGAUGGCGAAACCAUACGCGAGACUGUGCGCAAGGAUCCAGCCUCAGAGACAAUCCCGGGCACCUUCCUUGGAACGCCCGGGACGGUUGCGGCCUGGUGAUAGUGACGCUGCGAAGCGGUGGGGUCUGCGAGCGUCAAUCUAUGAGGUGAACCCGCUCCAGGCUCAACCAAGUUCGCAGAGAGGCCUCGGCGAUGGUCACCUCUACAAGUCAGCGGCCCCGGCCUUCGCAUCGUACGCGUCGGCCUCCUUGCAAUCACCGGGGGAGUUUGAGUGGCAAAACAUGCAAGCCACCAGGAUGGUUCGCAAUGCUGCACCGUGCUGGCGUGACGCGUUGCGAAAUUCUUCAUGCUUGCGCCAACCAUUGGCGCACUUCUUGCCAGGAAUUUCCUGCGACUAUCUGGAGCGCGGUAAGCUACAAGAGGCUCAGGAAUUGGCGACGAAGUGGAUGAUGGUGCGCGCCGUUGACACGCGUGGCAUUGGUCUGCGCGGUGUGAAUCUGAGUGCGGCGGCAAAGAGCUCGAAGAACAGCGGCGCAGCGAUGGGGGCAGCUGUUGUCUUGAUCCAUUAGGCAGCGCUGUGAGGCAGAAGGCCUCGCCGUUGCGGUGUGGGCUUAGUGUAUCGCUUUGAUUCCUUGCCAUCCGUUUGCCCGCGUGCAGGUGGUGGCUUCUUUCUUAUUGUCUCUCAUCAUCUCAAACGGGACAUCGCUCCUUGCUUCGAUGGCAGAGCGGUUGCUGCUGACAUGGGUGCCUUUCAUGAAGCCAGGCCCUCUUGCUGAUUGCACGAAAGGGCGCCAGAUUGGUUGCGAGAGGAGUCACCCUGGGCACUUGGUGGCCGGGCUCCUCUGACGUGCUACCUGGGGAAAACGUUGGAGGAAAUGGGGGGCCGCGUUCUUCCAGCGAAAACCUUCGGGGCGGCCACUCUCUGUCUGUACCAUGUUGGAGGCGUUUUAUGUGAGUGGCAGCAUGCCUGUGACUGACGCGGGGAAGCUGUCAGGAAGGCACUGGAGACGGUGAAGGGCAUGCUGGAAAAGAACUGCACGCAGCCGGAGGAAGCGGAAUUUUCCAAAGUGUUGAACGUGCUCGCUUACAUCGAUAAGGAGGGCCAUAUGAUUAGCAGCCAUCACGUCCAGCAGAUGGGCUGCUUUGCGAUGGAUCCAGAUGGCUCCUGUUGCGUGUUUCUUGUUGAGGCGUUGCGGCUCGUGGGGAAAUCGAUCGGCGCGGCACUGAUUUGGGGCUGCAGUUUAGUUGUUUGCAUUUGGAUACGAGGCAUCCUGCAGGAGAGUCGGCGCCGCGGUCGGCCGACUGUCUUAAAAACGGAAGGGCAUAUGAGUGGCCACUUGCACGCGGUUGAAGUUGUUUCGCGCCUGCGACUAGUCGCCGGCGUUCCGGUCCAGCUCGCUGGGCAAAGAAGAAAGGCAGGCGCAGGCGUAGAAACGGGCUCCGGACUCGUAGGCCCGGAGGAAAAUCGCCCCGGUGAAGUGGGUCCCAACACUGGCGGCCCACUGGGCGCGGGUGUGGAGGGAUUGCGGUGGAGAUGGCAACGCCGACACGAUGGCAGACGGCCUCCGGACUCUGAUGCCGGGUGCGCCUUCUUUGGGGGAGAUGGACUACAGCAGGCCUGGCACUACAUUCGAGGCGCCCUCCUGGUCGAUUUUGUUUUAUGAGAUAGCUCGCCACUUUUGAAAAGCGUCCCAGGCUGUUUCUUUCUCCUUUGUUUCGGGGCAGCUGAGUCAGCCAUAUCAGACCCAUUGCAGGUCUUACAUGAAUAGCGGGGGCUGACAGUGGUGGCGUUGCGGGGUUGCCGCCUGACCGUAUCCAUCGAGAUGAAGCAACCGCAGGGGCUUGGGGCUUCCCGCUUCCCACGUCACUCACCGAAAGCGAGACAGUCUAUGCUAAAGUCGCUACUCAUACGCACGAAGCUCGCCGGGGAUGUUAUGAGAGGCGGCGCCAUGCCGUUUCGUCUGCGGCAUCUCGAGGGCGCUAGGUAUGGGCAUAGUAAGUGAGGGCUACGAGUGCGCGCUGUCUUUUCGAAGGACUUCGAGGCAACCAGCAUACUCGACAAGACCACUGGGCGCGGCUCCUUUCUCGGGGGUGACUUUCUAAAGCAUUGGGUCUCGAGCAGGAAGACUAAUAUCCGUACCGAUGCGCUACAUCUUGCUCGCGAGGGCCCGCAACUCUUGGAGAACUUGCAAGGUCGGAGGUCUAUCCUGUCGAAGAGUAGAGACAUCACGUGCCACGAGGCCGACGGGCUGACUCCGCGCCCCCUUCGAAUAAUGGAGCAGGCUCGAGCACGCGCGUCAGCGUGGGUGGAAUUGGCGAGCCACCGACCUCGGCGUCUAGUUCUUCGCGAGCGCUACCACGACUGGAGCCAGUUAUCGACCCAGUGCCGGAAAACGUGCCUGCUGAGGGGCGUCCCUGCGUUACGUCUGAGCGAGCUAGCGAGAACGGCCGACCAGCAAGCUUGGGGGCCGGUAGCUUCUUCGAGUAGCGCGAGUGCGGUGAAUACGGACCAGAAAGGGCCACAGCAGGCAGGUGAUCUGAGCAAGAAGAUUAACGCGCCGGAUCUCAUGGAAGCGGCACAGAAAGAGCCCGCGGAGUAGCCGGCGACUGGUAGUAAUCAGCUUGCGGACAGUAUUAGCAUCUCCAGACAGUUCAGGGUUAACCGCGCAGCAGAUAAGCCGAAGCCAAGCGCCCGCCUCUAGCGCACCUCGUGAAUCACCUACCAGACGACGUGGCGGCAGUGGGUUGGGCUCUUUUAUGCCAUGCGCACGCGACGGCAUCGACGAAGCCGGGUGAAUCUGCUUGGAGACGAGAAGGGGCCCCACGACAUGGCAGCCAAGAAUGGCGAGAAGGUCGCUGCGUCUACGAUGGAGCUGACUACAGCGAGAGCUGCUGACCAGUUGCCUAAGGCUGGCACUGCCGCAGCUUGGAAGAAGCCGGCGCAGCAGGCAGAUGAGACGCUAGGAGCAGCACUAGGCACAAAGCCAAAGCAACCACGCCAGCAGCGCGGAGCAUCAACAAGAGAAGGCCCGGAACGAUCUUGCGAAAGGUCUGCCGGGUCUGUCGCAUGUGAUCGGAGGCGGUGGCCUGAAGAGAAGCCAGAAGCCUGCGGAGAACUUCGCAGCUUUUAUCUUUGCUGUGUUCUUCUGUGUGAUAGCUGAUAAAGUGACUCGGGUGCCCUCGUGGUGUUUUUCGUUACUUCUUAUGUGCGUCGGACGUAGUGCACCUCCAUGAAGCGACCAGCCCAGGACGAUGGCAACGGGUGCGCGGAGUGGGUCGAAGCGGAGCAUCUUGACGAGAUGGGAGACGAUGCUGCCCAGGGUGCUCCUGAGUGCGGAACAUCUGGCGAAGAGAAGGUGGCGCUUCAGCUGUUGCGAGGCGGAGGGCAAGAAGAAAGCUGAGCUGCAGAGUGCUCGCGUGGCUUGGCAUCGGCUGGGCGGCGGCUUAGGGUGCCUUCAAUCGCAAGAGCACGAGGUCGAGCGGGCUACCACUUGCCCGGGCUGCAUGAACGGCGUGGGGCGUUAGCGCGUCGGGUGCAUCUGUAGCGGGAACGGGCCUACCGCAUACGGGAAGGACUUAGGAGCGGCAGAGGAGUCGUCGCGCGCUUUUGGGCGGGGGUGUCCCGUGAUGUUCGUGAAUUCUGGAGACACUGCCUCGCGCUGUCUAUGCGGCUACCGGAUCAGUGGCACGCUGUUCAAAGGUCCAGAAGAUGGAGAAAGUGAGGCCACAGGCCGCGAGUGCAUGCGUGAGGGACUGGAUGCGAGCAAAACUAAGGGGGGAGCCGGGUAGUGGGUGCGUGUGUGCGUGUACCUGGAAAGUGGCGAACUUGCGACGGGGUCGCGCUCCUUUCUCACAGGGAUACGCUUGUCGCUCGAAAGGCUGGCAACGCUGCCGCUUAAAUUCGGUGCGGGCGGCAGCAUAACUAAGGACGCAGAUGAAUUUUGAAGGCAUGCCGUUACGGCAUUGGAAUGGCUUGAAUUCAUAUAGACUCAGUAGCUUGCUCUUCCAUUGUGCGGAGAUGUAUUAAUAGCUGAGCGCGUCCAUUUUAUGGCACUCGCCAUCCCUCACACUCGAAAAACACAUAAGAGGCUCGGCCUAGUAGUAGCAAUUUUGUGCGGAGCUUUUUUCUGCUCGUCUGGGCGACUAUGUAAAUUGCGCGCGUUUUUGCUUGUUUUGUAAUUUUGUGUUUGGUCUUCAACAUGGCGACAGUCAGUAUGUUUCAUAAUUACAGUAGUAGCUGUGCAGUGAAUGGACACUCUUCGCCCAUUUCUUGCAGCACGUAGCUUCACCAUCGUGAGCUCAUCGCUUUGGGUAGGGUCUCGCUGAGCUUGGUAGACCAACGAACAAGACCGACCGUGUGGGCUUCUGGGCUUUUCUGCUGAGCUCCGUCGGGCAUCCUCCUACCUGCAUGAGUGUGCCCUUCUUCGAUUGAAUGACACACAACAGCAGUGAAAAUAUAUAAGCGACCUGCCGGCGCUCAUGUGGAAGAUUAUUCAGCACGAUGGGGCUUUGUGGCUCUUGUUCAGCGGCUUAUGACAGACGAGCCACGAGGAUCAGGCGGCGCGGCUUCCAUCUGCGGCGACCCCCUGAAGUUCCGAGAUGCUGCACCUGGCCAGAAGAUGGACUCCCGAUACCUCUGAGGAAUGGAAUAGUCGGCCGCAAGAUCUACGCGAAUCACGAGAGGGGCCCAAAGUCACGAAGAAGAGAACGCCGGGCGCGGCGCUGAAUUUGGAUCCAAGAAGAAGACCGCUCAGAAAUUCGGCCAGACAAAGCAGCUGCUCGACCCAAGAGGCAAGAGAAGACAAGAAGCAAACAAGUGGAAAGGGGGCGGCAAGUAACUAAUCGGCGCUGCCUCAUUGUGGCCCACCAUCAUGGCCACCACCGCCCAGGCCACAUUGUGGGACGGCUUAGGCCUGAGAGACUCGGCAAGCCGCUGGCCUGGGUGCGUUCGGCUUGAUUGCUGACGAGAUCGGGGUGACGUUCUUGCGCUUCCCUUCUGGUUGCUACAGUUCACACCGCUAGCAUGCAGGCCGGGGCCCGUUCAGCUAGUUCCAAUCUCCGCUGCGUAGUCUUGUGAACGAGGGCGAGGCGUGUGCGCAGUCGAGUCAUAGGCCGACGAGUUGGAAAGGGGUUGUUGCGUAGCCACCCGGGUCCAGGCCUUCGCGGGGUCCGCAGGCUGGGCCUCGGGCCCUCGUUAAAGGUAGCGGGGUCCCGACUUCACAUGUAGCGAGCUGCUCGCACCGUGUGAAUUAGCGGAGGAAGGUAAGGGGUGCGGGGUGUGCGUCCGUAUGGUAAGGGAGGCAACGAAGGGCGCGAUGCUCAGACCCCCGACCAUCAAACCCAGACGGGAGCACAAUCAGCCGCCAACAAUCCACCGAGCCUUGGAAUUGGCAAAAACCAGACGCAAGCCCGCCACGGCUUUGCAAACGGCCAGAAAGUGCGACGCCUUGCACCCGUACAAAACAAAGCGCAGCCUGGCGCUCUCUUGGGUUUUACGUCCCUCGGGAAGAUGUUGGGGGAGCGAGGUGAGCGCGGGCGGAUUGGUCUAGGCGAUCGCCAAGAGUGCCACGGGAACGCUAAGAACAGGCGCCAGGGAUGGCGCCUGACGGAAUGCCCACAGGCUGCGGCCAAGAGCCUCAAGAAACGCGGGGGCUUUCGAUUCGAAGCCCAAAAAUGGCAUACAGGGCGGCCCCCUGCGCGUGAGCCUUUUCGGGCCACACAGCAACCAAGGCCGACGAGGAUUUGCGCAGGCAGGCCGACCACAGACUGCGACAGAUUGGAGGUCCCAGACUUCAAGCCAUGACUAAACUACCUACUGCAAAGAUGCCUAUAUUACUUACCCCCACCCCACCCGCAGGCACAUGCGGCGCCAAACCUUCGCCCAGACAGUGGGCGAAAUUGCGACCAGCGCGCGCGCGCUCUCCAUGGACUGGCCUUGUGUCUCUUUGGGAGAUCAUCUGAACCAUACCAAGCCCAGGCAGGGCGGCCGCGUGUGCCUGCGCGUGGCUGUUAGCGGCUUGACUUCGAACGGGGCCGGCUUAUGGAAGACCGAAACGGAGCACCAACGCGCAACGGAGGCAGCCCCGUUCUACCUCUGCGAAGCCUUCACCGACGAGCAGCGCCCGGGCGCGUUCUUGGGACGGGUCCCUCUCUAAGGGGGACAGCAGUGGGGCGCAUCUAUACAGUGACGCCCUUGCAUGAAACAGGUACCAAAAUGGAGCGCGUUCUUAUAAAUAAUAAAUACGGCGCCGCAACAUCGUAGACUUUUCGACGCGUGCAGCCUUGUGCCAUAUGCCCGCGCACAAAAGUGUCCGAAGUCCUUGCUUUGAAUAAUGCAGUGACAAGGCACCACGCCCAAACAUCUACGGAGGGAGGGAGUGAACAAGUGGGGCUGGGCUAUAGAGUAACAAAAAUGCACCGAGGGGCGCCCGAGUGGAUGCCCUAUGAUGGGUAGCGCGAGCUCGAUGCACCACCGUAGAAGGUAGCGGGGACCCAUUGCAUAUGGCUGCGCUUGCUAGUAGAUAGCCGGGAGACACAAGACGCGCGGCAGGUUCGCCACCGUCACACCCUGACAGGGGGCGCCUGGCUCCAGCCCAUGCCUCCGACGAACCGGCGAGGACAGCCACGACCAGCCCACCGCGCACAACACGCCCCAGCGUUCGGCGGCCCGCAGUGGACUCCUCGAGCGCGGGAAGAGCUGCAAACGGACACGGACACGCCGGCGCUAAAAUUGGACAGAGCUACCAACCCCACACGGGGGCAGGGGCAGCACCAUAUGCCCGCCCACUACUGUAGUAGCGAAGGCAUCACGCUGCAGCCCCAAGCGCAUGCGGAGGGCACACUAGUCAACCAGAAACACGCGCCCCAUAUCUUUCGCGGCUAACUAACUAUUGGGCAAACCACCACACACCGGCAGCGCGUGCGCCUUACCAUAUUCAUCGAGCGGCCACGCAUCUUCUGCCCCUGGCUCUGGGUCUCCGCUACCAAAGCCAAGCCGAUGACAGUCAUCGCGCAGCGAGCUGGCGAGUACAUACUUCGCAGCAGUUUCGCGCACUUUAUUAACCCCGGAGGGAGCUGGCACCCGACACAGAUCAGCCUUGCCAGUGAAUGGCUGGGGCCACGCGCUUGCGCGAUAAAAGAACUAAACUUCGCGAAGAAUGACAUCUGGCGCACUUGUAUGGCGCAGGAACUGCCGAAAGGCCCAACAAUACACCUCGCGGCAUGUCGACGGCCCCCGGGUGAUGGGAGGGCCAUCAUCCGCCGAGGGAUUCUACUCGGAGUCUGAUGGUGCAGCGUCUCUGAGCUGCGGCGUCAUCGCUUCGCCUACCAUAGGGGCUGCGUCUCUGUCGCGACCAUUCGCGACAAGGUAGCAGACAAAGGGGGCGCCCUAGCUGUCGCGUUGGCUCGUAGUCGUAGCAUACUGGGCGGCGCGCUAUGAUUGGCCAUCCUUAUCACUUUUAAGCUGUAACUGCCCCAACAAGGGGGAGCGUGACCUGUGCCCCAUCUGCGAUAAAUCCACGCCGCCACCGGCGCUAGCCGCUGACGAGAAGCACGCGGCGGCCGUCAUGAAAAAACUUGGUGCGAAGUUCCACUCGCCCCGUCGUGUGAAUGCAGUCACGGCUGCCACGGCCAUAGCGGUUGGCUGCCGCUUUGUCUUCGGGGGUUAUUUGCUGAAAGCACGUGGAUGGAGCACCUUAGAAGCGGCGCGAUUCCUAUGCUACGUGAAGGACCACGCCGAGCAUGACGCCGCCUGCCUCUUCCCAGUCGGCGGGGCCUUGGACCACUCUACCCAGGACAGAAACCAAGCCCAGCUGCCUGCUACUAUUUAAGGAGGAACGAGGUAAGACCUACGAGGCGACGAGGAAAGGGGCCCGCGCUAAGGAAGUAGAAGAAAUCGACUCGCUCCGCGCAGCCAAAGCAUGCAAACACGGCGCGGCCGCUUGCGUCUCACGCGAGAACUUCCUCGCGGAUGGAAGGGGUGGGUGCCAUUCAUGAACUGAUACUGAAGGGACGCCAGCACCAUUUAAGCGACCCCUGAGGGCCACUAUUGCAAAAUAAAACGCCUCGAAUGAAGACCCUGCAAAAGCCAUGAAAAAGAAGCCGCCCACGGCUGGGCGCCAGACGCUCAAACAGUCGCAAGCCGCUCCACUUCGUAGCAGGCCAGCAGUGGAGCCGGGGCAAGGCGCUUGGCGGGCACGCGUCUGGACAUUUGGCCCGGGGUGGCUCGUGGUCGUGGCCUUUGUGGCUUUGGGAACUUACUACGCCGCGGAAAGCCGUCCGGAAGCCUGACCAGAAACAGCAAAACCGCAAAGCACAGAAUGCGCAGGAGCUACCGGCGCAAGAGCUGGCUGAACGCGACAGCAGCGCGGGCCUUGUUCUACGUACCAACCAAGUAGAGGGCCCCCGCAUGAACCACCAAGGAGCGGGGGCACUCUGAUGGACUGCCAGGGACCUACGCACCAAACGCAAAGGGCAAGCAGCUGCGGGCCCCUACGUAAGUGAAGCACUUGGUUGCCUGGCUGGAGGCCGCGAAGUGUGUAACGGAGCAGAGUGGAAGUGCAUAGCUGGCCAAUCGUAGGGACCAGGUGCAGCCAUAAUGAGGAAGGGCAGGGGCGCGGCUCUUGGGGUCAUAGCUAGUCGUUGACAGAGUAGAACUUUGAAAAAAACCCACGCCCCCACACCGGGCCAGGGAAGCUACCAAACCAGAUGACUGCCAAGCUUUGCUCGCACUAAAUAGGACGGCCAUGCAACUGGCUGGGUGAAGCAGUAGCGUAGCGGCUUGGGCUCCACCAGUUGACUUACGACCGUGCAAAGAAUAUGCUGGCGCGAUAUACCUACAAAAACACGGCCGCAACCAACGGCCCCCGACGUGGCUCACAAGAGUAGCAGAGGGAGGGGCAGCGCGAUGCCCCCGAUGCCCUUACUUGCAUGCCAUCGAUCGACGACAAUCGACGCGAGACUGAAAACCAGAGCCCGCGUCACCUUCGGCAGCUAGUACUGCUGCCACCUAUCUGGAACAUCUGCGCGACGAAAAUGCUAGGGGACCUCCCUGGCCACCCCGGUGCCACCUUUACAAAGAGGGCCCCCACUGGCUUCAACGCCAUCGCCAACGUGUAGGCGCAGGAAAUCCAAGCUCUUAGAAUUGAGGCGCGCAUUACUUUCAAACCUGUGCACCCACUAGGGCUUGCCUCUUUCUGCCUCCCUUUUGCUACAUGUCCAUCCAAUGCGGAACCUAAUGGGCGGCCCCUGGCAACUACCAAAAACCCCGCGCCCGAUGGCUCGGCGGCGAUAUUGGCGCGCUCCAUAUGGGGCAGCCCAGUCCUGAAACAGCUGCGCGUGGCUGGCCGUCGGUUGUGGCCUUGAGUAGCAGGAGCUGCCUCGGGUCCGUGUGGCUGUCACCAUUCCACAUAAAGCGACGCGGCAACUUCGGCCAUGCCGCCACAGCAAGCUGCAGGGCCAUGCGACAAGACGGGCACACCAAUAGGGAUGCCUGAGCCUGGCACACACUAGAAGGCCUCCCCGUAGAGCUUGGUCGCCCAUGUCAAAGCGAGCCGAAGUGGGGCGGCGCCGGUGCAACGGUCUCCUGGUAGUUGCUCCCACCGUCCUCAGGUGUGCAGUUCGGUCCGUGUGCAUGUCAGCUACAGACUUGGGAGGCGAGCCAAGCGGCAGGCAGCGAUCUCAGAAGUGAACCCAUUACACUUGAAGGGCAGGCUUUGGGCUUGUUUUGACAAAGUCCAAGACUUGGAGCCCCCCCUUACCACUGAGGUGGUUCUGGUCGUUCGAGUGCCGACUGGGGUCCAGUAAAUCGCGGACGAUUUUCGAACCAAAAAAAGGGGCGGGCCACAAUUAUUUCGGCUCUCGAGCCACAGUCUCGGCCUUUUUGGGUCGUCCACUCCACUUGGGUCCAAUCUUCGGCAUUCAUAUUCUGAAGUCUUGGGCGCUGAUUCUAUUAACUAUUUGGGGAGCAGGCUCGGAGUUUAUUUCUGCAGCUUUUUCGGGGAAAGAAAUUUUCCUGAAAAGAGCGCAGCUUGACGCGCUUCCGCUUGGAUUUGAGCCAGACUGUGAGUCCGCUCACUCGCUCCGGUGCCAGUCUCUUCCCUCGGCUUGUCGCUACGGCCCAAGCUUUGGGAGACAAAGCUCUGAAGGGGUGGAGCGUAGUACACAGACCCAAGGAGGCGGCAGCUGGGGGGGAUGGUCUGGCAGCUCCCCGACUGGGAUGCUGCUGAGUCAGUUGGUUUCGCUUGCUGGUGCAUGGGGUUAGCCGAUUCAGCCGCAAGCAUAGGCAGCCCCUGCCCCAAGCCCAGCGUCUGGACCCGUGUUAAGCUCCUUCACUUCAGGCCCUGGCCAGUGGCUCGGCUGGUCUGCUUUGAGCCAAUGGGCCAGGCCUCUGGCUGAAUCAAGACCAACUGACUCACGGCCAGGCUUGGCCUUGUUGAGUCAGUUGAUUCAUGCGACCCCACCACCAGCGCACGAACGCGGCCGCUGGCGAUGGCCUUGGGCGCGGGGCUCCCCGAGUUGCUUGAGGAAUCCGAUUCGCCUGCGCGUGCACUUGGUGCGGCUUUCUUGGCCUUUCUGCCGUUGUGUGCGUUGUGUCGCUUCUCUAGGACCUUGGGUAGCCCCUCCAGAUUCACAAUGGUGACGCCGCAGGCGUUUGGGACCAAGGUGGAACGCCUGUUAUCCCAGAAGCAGAGGCCGCUGAGUUCUACUGGAAAGCGAUCCGCCUCAGAGGGUUCCCGCCUGACUUCGGCGACGCCUCGCCCCUUGAAGUGACAAAAAUAAACCACCGAGGCAGACGCCGGCCCCAAAAGGACGGCGCAGGCAAGGAAAUCACGGCGGGCCCCUUGCAGUGCCAACCUGCUACACCUUUCCCCAGAGACGGGCCGACAAUGGAGCGACAAAGGGCCCGCCCCCUCAUCGAUAACUAGGCAGAAGUCCUCUACUGCCGCACUUCUGAGAAGUUAGAACGCCACGACACGCGGAAAAGGCCAGACGUCGCCAGGUUCUACCCUGCUCCGCCUACGGGUCACAGGCGCUCCGAUCUCUCGGCAAGCAUCACCAGACCAAAACAGGAAAGAAGCACGCCAGCAGCUACUGCACGAACUCGAACAAGCUAAGCCGACCACCAACCUCCCCAACCCCCGGAGAGAGACUGUAGAUGGGUUAGCGCAAUAGUAGGCCUCUGCCAGACGAGUCCGGGAUCGGUGCAACUGCCGCCAGGAAUGGCCCCGGGUGACAUCGUGGAAGCCUACUACCUCUCCAGGAUUGAUGACCCCAAGAGCUGCCCUAUUACGGGACACGACCCCCGCGCCAGGGCCUGCCGCUACUGGGUCAGCUACUAACAGACCCAACACGGGGCCGAGCCCUCAGUGCUGGCCUUCUGCCGCCUCUCGGAACUCCUGACGGCUAUCCCCAUCGCCUUCGGUGUGCCCACUCUCCGCCAAAGCUACAGCGGUGCCACCAGAAGGCAGACCAUACCGGCAAAGGCCUUCACUUCUCACCCGCUGGCAAUCACGCUGGGCGCACCGCUCUCGGGUAAGCCAGUGGCGGGCCAAUCCUCUGAAAAAUCUGACUCGCUAAAAAUCCUAGGGCUACUGCGCCACUAUGCAUCAACGUGGAACCAGCCGCACAGCCGUCCGCCUUGGACGCCCGCUCCUGGCGUAUUAUGGCAAAAUAAACCCCAGCAGCGCCCCAAGGGAAAGCUCUCCAACCAGAUCAAAACGAAGGCCCCGACUUCUGAGAUUUCCCGAAAGUGGUCGGCCUCGCCACGUUUGGCACCCAACACACCAGAGCAAAAAUUAGGACAGAGCCCCCCUGACCGCGGUGCAAGUCGUGGCUGGGCGAACUCAUCUGCCACACCCUCAAGAAGUGCAGGAAACAAAGCAGCCACCUACGCGCGAGCCUGUUGGCUUAGGCUUUGGCUCCCCCCCUACCUCAGCUACCACAAGUCACAUAAGGCGAUGGCGCAGCCGCUCGCCUCGCCCCAUCUUACCUUGCUGCCGGCGCAUCCUCAGAGGGGCGGCGGACCUAUGCAGGGGGGUCCAUUGUCUACACAACCGGAAAGGGGAAGCCUUCGCCGUCGUAAUCGACCGGCCCAAGCUCGACAAGAUCAUAGGCAACGAACACCACACGCGCCGAACUUCUCGAGGCGGUGGCAGCGUAUCUAGUUCUAGCCACUGACACGGGGGCCGCCUUAGGCCUAGCAACUUACUCCACGCCAGGCCCAGCUCUUCGCGCGUGUGAAAAAAGCAGCGGAGUCCCCUGACCUCUUGGGCCUCGGAUCCAAGCCCUCGCGGGAUCCGCAGGCUCGACCUCGCGCCCGUUAAAGGUAGCGAAGUCCCGACACCUAGCGGGGGAGCUGUCCUUACUAUGUGGACUAAAUACCUCGAAGCUGGGAGGCUGAGGCCGUAGCGCAGUCCGUUGUAAGUUUUAGAGUUAGACAAGAGCAGAAGUGUGGACUUGGGCCAAGGCCGUUGCUGUUGGGUGUUGACAUAUGGACGGAGGGUCGGAAAGUAGGAAUAGAGUGCCAGUUUCUAGGGAGAGCGUUGGUCUGUCGCCGUCUGUGUUCUCAGCUGUGCGUAAGUUGAUCCUCCUCCCACGGUCCCUGAAGAGACAGUCGCGAGACUCGCCCGCUUUUACUCCCCUCGCGGCGGCAAGAUAAGGCGCCGGACCCUGCGGCCGUUGGCAAGUACGU